GCCCCCAUUCUUCUUCCCUUUCUUUCUUUUUUUUUUUCCCCUUUCCUUUUUUUGUGAAUGAAAAAAGGAGGUCGCGAGCGGUCCCCGGGACUGCAGCGCUAGGCGUCUUCGCGGCCGCGCCUUCGGAGCGGGCCGGGCGCGUAGCGGCGGCGGCCUCGCCCCCCUUCUCCUCAACUGCGCGUCGCCUCCAGCCUCCGCAGCUAGAGGACCCGCGGCGGCGGCGCGGCCCAGCCGCCCGAGGUCGGGGCGGCCGCGCGCAGCCCACUCCAGCGUGCCUCCAUGACAUCGGGCGCCCGGGGCGCGGGGAGAUGCUGAUCCGGAAGAGGCAAUGGCUGCAGUGCCGCGCGCGCGGCCGCUCCCGGCCCGCCGUCCGGCCUGGGCUGCUCUGUCAGAGUUUCUGAUCUAGCGCGACCCGGGCCCGGAGCCUGUAGCAGCAGCGGCGGCGGCGGCGGCGGCGGCGGCAGCGCGGCGGCGCCGGCAUCGUCCUAACUUGCACGCGCGGAGUGACCCCAGACAUUUCACUAAAAUGAGCGUGCUUAGCAGGAAGAGAUGUGUUCCUUACACUAGAAAUUACCCCGUCACAUGUAGUGGUGUCCCAAUUAAUGGAUUCUGACAUGGAUUAUGAAAGGCCAAACGUAGAGACCAUCAAGUGCGUUGUGGUGGGAGACAACGCGGUGGGCAAGACCAGGCUCAUCUGUGCCCGGGCCUGCAAUGCCACCCUCACCCAGUACCAGCUUCUCGCCACCCAUGUGCCCACGGUUUGGGCCAUCGACCAGUAUCGGGUGUGCCAGGAGGUGCUGGAACGCUCCAGAGAUGUGGUAGAUGAUGUCAGCGUCUCCCUCCGCCUCUGGGACACCUUUGGAGACCACCACAAAGAUCGUCGCUUUGCUUAUGGGAGAUCCGAUGUGGUGGUUCUGUGCUUCUCCAUUGCCAACCCUAAUUCCCUCCACCACGUCAAGACCAUGUGGUACCCAGAAAUCAAGCACUUCUGCCCCCGAGCACCUGUCAUCUUGGUGGGCUGCCAGCUGGACCUGCGCUAUGCUGACCUGGAGGCUGUCAAUAGGGCCAGGCGACCCUUGGCUAGGCCCAUCAAGCCCAAUGAGAUCCUUCCCCCAGAGAAGGGCCGGGAGGUGGCCAAGGAGCUGGGCAUCCCCUACUACGAGACCAGCGUGGUGGCCCAGUUUGGCAUCAAGGACGUCUUUGACAACGCCAUCCGCGCAGCGCUCAUCUCCCGCCGCCACCUGCAGUUCUGGAAAUCCCACCUCCGCAAUGUGCAGCGGCCUCUGCUGCAGGCGCCCUUCUUGCCUCCCAAGCCGCCUCCCCCCAUCAUCGUGGUGCCCGACCCCCCCUCCAGCAGCGAGGAGUGCCCCGCCCACCUCCUGGAGGACCCGCUCUGUGCGGAUGUCAUUCUGGUGCUGCAGGAGCGGGUGCGCAUCUUUGCCCACAAGAUCUACCUCUCCACCUCCUCCUCCAAGUUCUACGACCUGUUCCUCAUGGACCUGAGUGAGGGGGAGCUGGGGGGCCCCCGCCCAGAGGACCACCGGGGUCACCCUGAUCAGCACCACCACCAUCACCACCACCACCACCAUGGCCGGGACUUCCUGCUGCGGGCAGCCAGUUUUGAUGUGUGCGAGAGCGUGGAGGAGGGUGGGGGCUCUGGCCCUGCUGGGCUCCGUGCCUCCACCAGCGACGGGAUCUUACGGGGCAAUGGAACAGGGUAUUUGCCCGGGAGGGGUCGAGUCCUGUCUUCCUGGAGCCGAGCUUUCGUGAGCAUUCAGGAAGAAAUGGCAGAAGAUCCUCUGACGUACAAAUCCCGGCUGAUGGUGGUGGUAAAAAUGGACAACUCCAUCCAGCCAGGGCCCUUCCGGGCUGUUCUCAAGUACCUGUACACCGGGGAGCUGGACGAGAACGAGCGCGACCUCAUGCACAUCGCCCACAUUGCCGAGCUGCUUGAAGUCUUUGAUCUGCGCAUGAUGGUGGCCAACAUUCUCAACAAUGAGGCGUUCAUGAACCAAGAGAUCACUAAGGCCUUCCAUGUCCGCCGGACUAACCGGGUUAAGGAGUGCUUGGCAAAAGGCACCUUCUCAGAUGUGACCUUCAUCCUGGAUGAUGGCACCAUCAGCGCCCAUAAGCCCCUGUUGAUUUCCAGCUGUGACUGGAUGGCCGCCAUGUUUGGGGGGCCAUUUGUGGAGAGUUCCACCAGGGAGGUGGUGUUCCCCUGCACUAGCAAGAGCUGCAUGAGGGCGGUGCUGGAAUACCUCUACACGGGCAUGUUCACCUCCAGUCCCGACCUGGACGACAUGAAGCUCAUCAUCCUGGCCAACCGCCUCUGCCUGCCGCACUUGGUUGCCCUCACAGUUCCACUGUGCGUACCAGUUGGCCGACUGGUGUCUUCACCACAUCUGCACCAACUACAACAACGUGUGCCGCAAGUUCCCCCGAGACAUGAAGGCCAUGUCCCCAGAAAACCAGGAGUAUUUCGAGAAGCACCGGUGGCCGCCCGUCUGGUACCUGAAGGAAGAAGAUCACUACCAGCGGGCACGGAAGGAGCGCGAGAAGGAGGACUAUCUCCACCUGAAACGGCAGCCCAAGCGGCGGUGGCUGUUCUGGAACAGUCCCUCCUCACCGUCCUCUUCUGCGGCCUCCUCGUCAUCCCCAUCUUCCUCCUCGGCUGUGGUCUGAGAUGCUGCCACCCUCUUCCGACCCUGCUGCUGUUCCCCCCACUCGCCUUUGCCCCUCUGCUCUUCUGCAUCGCCCCCUCCACCUUCCAGGGACAAGGGGACCCACGUAACCAGGACCCUAAGGGCAGAGCUGUUCUCACCAGCUGACGUAGCUCAGCAAGAGAGGAGGGGGGCCUUGUGGAUCAGUACGGGGACCCUCUGCAGGGGACCCCAGUUCCAGAGCAGGGCAGGGAGGCAGACGGCUGCUGGGAAGUGGGGAGAGGGAAGGCACUGAGAGCUUUGGCAUCUGACUCUGGGAUGGAGAACGCUGGCGUCCAUGGGAGACUCCCAGCCUUGAGGCUCUGUGGCUCGGUCUGUGGAGGCAGCCCCCUCCCAGGGAGUGGCUGUGCUCAGGGAGGGUCCUGUCUCUCUUGACCACGUUUUUCCAACCAUGGACCUGCGGGUGGCAGAUGUUUUGUGGGCAAUUUCCACACAGCGCCUACUCAGCUCCUCACCGGAGAAGUCAGGGUAGAAAUGAAGCCUUCAGACCCAACUCGAUGCUUCCACAUCCUGGGGUGCAGCUGCCGAGGCCAUAAGUGGGAAGGCUUGCACUCUGGCGAGCAUCCCUCCCUCCCAGGGCGGUAGGUGUCCAGGCCUGAUCAAGGAUAGCAGAGCCUGGUCAGAGCUUUAGGCCUAGGAGCAGUGCCUCAUGGUGCUGUGAGAAACUUCUCCCUCCCUGUGCUUCACCACUCAGAUCCAGAGAUGGGAACCAAAGGAAACAGGUGGAACAGGGGAGAGGAGAAAGUGGGGGGGGGGGGGCCUGGGUGCAGCAGCCCCAUGCUCUCUGGGCUCCUCGCCCUGCCUCUGGUUAGCAUGGCCUCUUAGCACGGUGGGGCAAAAUUAGCAAAAAAAAACAAAAAAACAAAACAAAAAAACCCCCAAACAACAGCAAAAUCACCACCAACAAAAACAUGUUGGCCUCAAGCCCCUCAAAGAAA